GUGGCGCCGUAUGGCCAGCAGGGGAUGGGGGGCUACAGCCAGCAGCAGCAACAGCAACAGCAGCAGCAGACGGGGCAGCAGGGAACCCCUCCGUACUUCAGCCCCCCUCAGCAGACCCCUCCAGGCCCGACCCAAAGCCCCUACCUACAGCCUCGACCACCACCACAACAGGAGGUCCAGCAGGAGAACUACAGCACCAGGGGUCCUGCUCCAGGGAAUUCUGGGAAGGCCAACAAUGAAGAUGCUGUCUCCCAGGACCGCCCCUCCAGUCUGCCGGUGAGUGACAGACAGUUCAGACCACCA